AUGGUAAUUACUAAGGUGACAGCCGAAUUUCAGAGCUCUUCCGUUUUUGGGGUUGAGUCCAACAAUGUCUGUUUGACCAUUUCCAAACCCCCGCCAAAAAAUUCUGUUUUGGGAAGACGCAAUGUCAGUUUUGGUAGGUGGCAUGAAAAGAGGACCCAUGUUGUUGCGUCGGCUCUGGGAGUCCCAGAAAAUGACGCCCGGCGCGACAACAGGGAACAGACCCAGGAUGAGCAACAGGCUCCAAAACGGCACAAAGCCGAUAACUCUGCUCCGUACACUUUGGUGGACUGUGGGGGUGCUGGGAACUGUGGUUGGAACAGUGUUGCUGUUGGUUUAGGUAUUAAAAAGGGAUUGACUUAUGAAGAAGCUUGUAAGGACAUCGAAACCACAGUUCGCACCCUUAGGGCCGAUGUUUGUUCUCAUGUCAUGCGACACUCCACUGAUUAUAAGCCCAGCUGGGCGCCAGACAGCGGAGAGACCGAAGUCACGGCGGCCGGGGCAGUUCCGGCAACCUUUGAAGAGUGGGCAGCAUCCCUACUCAGGGACCGUCAAUGGAUGUGUGGCAUGGCGCUUGAAGCUGCUGCGCGUAGAUGUGGUGUCAAAAUUGUCAUUUUAGAAGAAACCAAUGGGGAGAUGCUUGAACCUCUGGUUUGUGGAACUGGCAAGAAACGUGAAGACCCUAUCAUUUUGUACCUCAAAGAUGAGCAUUUUCAAUUGGUUCUUCGACAGGAAGACCAGUCUACAGGAGAGCGAGAAACCAAGAGGGGACAGCACUAUGGCUCCUUCAACCGACCAAAAUGCUACAGGAAGCGAUUUUCAGUUUGGCACAGUUGCGACCUCAGGCCCGAGCGUGUCAAACUUUGGCGUGGGUUUCAAAAAUGCCGCCAGACCGCUAUGCGAGAGGAUUUCGCUACUCAGAUGUGGGUAGCCCGGCAACUUGGAUGGAAUGUCAUUUUUAUUCAGUCCUUUGGUAGCAACAACGGUGGCCUCGCAGUUGCAGUCAGAGAGGAAUGGCACAAUUGCCUCCAACAGGACAGCGAAGCGAUUUGGGCACAAUGGACUCAGGAUUUUGAAAGCUUCUUGGUUGGCACCCAGCAGGUCAUCCCAGCCAAACGCUUUCCUCUCAUAGGGAAAGGGAAUUACGACGUGGCAUCAGGAGAGCACGUGAAGCUGCCUUUCUUUCCCGCAAAGGUGAUUCACAAUGUCUGGAAAGCGAUUUUUGGGUGCGAUACUGAUGCAGACGCUGACCCCCAACAUUUUUGCCGGAUGUACAAAGAUGACCUCCCCGAGGAGACUCAGGCUCAGACGCUCCCCAAACUAAAUAAGUGGCAGGCGCGUAACAUGGCUGCUACCAUGGCCAACAAAGCCACGGGCCCUGACGGUAUUUCGGCUCAACACCUCUUGACACUCCCAGAUGAUGGCUGGGAAAGGAUCACUCAGAUGCUUAAUCGGUUUGAAACGCUGCAAACCUUUCCUUCUGCAGUGCAGCACUGGAAAGUUGUUUUCAUACCUAAAGGCAAUGCUCCUGAAGGGGUGAGUGCAGACCAGAUGAGACCCAUUAGUGUGGCGUCUAUUCUGUACCGACUUUGGGCCCGCUGCCGGAUCAAACAAUGCAAUGAGGUGGUCGAGAAACACCUGGCCCCGCUUCAAGCCACUACGCAGCUUGACCCUGAAGUCAUUCACCUUGUCUUGCGGGGAGAAUGUCCGGCCUCCUCCUUUCAGUAUGGAUUGGCACUAGACUACAAAAAGGCUUUCGACAGCGUGAACACCGAGCUGGGCCUUCACCUCCUCAAACGGGUUGGUCUCCCUCAGAACGUGCUUGGUUUGCUCUCCAGCCAAUGGAGGAAUCAAACGCGCUGGUUAAGUUUCGCUGGUGCAAUUCAUGCUGAACCGUUGACCAAAGUCCCUAGUCUGCCGCAGGGAGACCCCUUUUCCCCGCUCACCUUGGCCCUUAUUUUGUCCUGCCCAGCCAAAAGAUGCAUCAGGCUUUUCCCUAUGGUGAAAUGUGCGCUCUAUCUGGACGACAGAACCUUGACUAGCGGCAACGUUGAGAAGUUAGUUGAAGCUGCAGCUGAUUGGGAUCGUUUGUCCCAAGUCACCAGACUCAGUACCAAUCACCAGAAGUCCCAGCUCUGGGGCAGAACUGCAGCGGCUGCGAAAUACCUGAGAGAACAGCACUUUGAAUUUCCUGUCAAGAACGAAGUUGAAGUCUUGGGUUAUUAUUUGGGCGCCAACCCUGAGCAGCACCCCAAGAGGCUGGCCCGUGUCGAAAAUGGAAAAACAGUGGCGCGAAAGAUAGCCACGCUUCCCAUUCCCCAAACCCUUAAAAGCCAGCUCGCCAUGAGCCUGCUCACCAGCACUGCUGCCUGGGGACAGGACGUCACCAAAACUCAGCUCCUCAGAGCGGCGCAAGACCAGCACCUGCAAAACUUCAAGUUGGCUGUUUUUGGCAUAAAGAAUCCCUCUAGCAGUGAUUCUCAAAGCAAAGCUCAGAACAGGUCUUCUCCUCACCUCAGGCAAAUACUAGAUUUGGGUCACGGCUCGGAUCUGAUAUUUGUCGUGGUGACUAAGUACAUGAGCGCGCUGGCGCGUUGGUACAAAUAUAGAGUCCCUGAUAGCAGCCUCACUCGCAGUUUUCAACGCAAUUCGGCAGAUGUCUGGAGAGCUGUUCGAAAGCACCUCAACACUUGGGGAUGGCAGGAACAGGACUGGGGACACUGGGCAGUGCCCAGGGAAGUGCACUUUCAGAUCACCAUGCCCAAAGAACAACGUGGUGGCACAGCCAUCUUGUCUGGUCAUACUAAGGCUAAAAUUGUUUUGGUGGAACAAAACUCUCGUCUCACACUUGGUAGCCCUAGCAACAUUGUGAAGAAGAGCUUUGUGAGAUGGGCCAGAGUUUUCGAAACUGGUGAAAUCGCCCAAGUUGAAGUUCUGGAUGGGUCCUUUGGAUCCCAAGGUCAGUUAGAACUGGAAUACCACGACCUGCUGAGUCUCUUCGAAUUUUUGGACAACGGCGAUGGUGAGAUCACUCUAACUGAAUUCAUCGAGGGCGCAGCCAGAUUGCGCGGUGGAGCAAAAGCCCUGGAUAUUUGGCGGAUGGAAACGAAAUUGGAGGUUCUGUUUGAGGAGGUCUUGAACAUCCUCAAGGUUCUGAAGGUGAACCAACAUAAAGGCGGCGGCAGCCGCAGGACCAGUGUAACUUCGGCCAAGGAGCAUGAGGGCGAUGAUUCCAUCACGGCCACGGAGUCCAUUGUGCAGGAUGUUUUCAACAACUCGUUGCACAAGCACAUCCAAAGCACCUCGCGAAACAGGCAACGCAGUCCGUGA